AUGACACAGUCCAUAUUCACGGCCAACGACAGCAUCAGUACACGGGAAACCAGUCCAGCUCCAAGUGGUCUUUCUUUGCCUGCGCGGACCUCGUCGCCUUUUCGAAGCACACUCGACCCCAUUCGCCGAUACAGCGGAAGUGCAAGGCAGAUUUCGAACGCGCACACCACUUCCUCCGACCGACGCAACUCCCCAUCGAUAUGGACCUCAUUCACUGAUCCACCGCCCUCUGCCAGCCCACGGCCGCACGCCAGACCCGCACAGAGCCCCACCAUCGUCUACCCUCCAUCCACUACACCGCGAGCGGCACUCUCCAAGCGCAAGGUUUCGUGGGAGGCGUUGACACCCGGCUCUGGCCCUACGUCGCAACCGUCCCGCAAGCGUCUCAAACUUCCGCCGCGCUACAAACACACCCUGAGCAGUCACCAUCUCGGGGCUCUGACAUCCGAGGGCGUUCAACCCCCCUCGCCGUUGUUCUUCAGCAACAGUCCGCGCCAGCGACCCUCGCUGCCGCCGCGCUUCUCCUCUGGCGAGGCGGCAGCAAGAAUGAUGAGCAAGGCGCGAUCCGAGGAGAGCCAUGUCAAGACGGUGAGCCUGGCGCGAGGUACCGUCAGUACGCCCAGCGUCGGUAUGGCUCAUCCCGCCAGCACAUCAUAUAGCAGUAGGAGGAGUUCGGACCGCGCGUCAACGGCACGCAGUGCCAGUCCCGACACCAGCAGUAUUGGCAGUAGGGACGGUGUGGGCGGCAUAGGUAAUGUGCUUCACUCAAUUGGCAUUCUUGAGCUGCUGGAGCAAGACGAAAGGCCGACGUUCAUCGUGGAUCUCGGAGAACGAGAAAAUUACGGGCCAGGUCCACUUCACCUUGUGUUCUCAAACCUUUCGCUGAGGGCGUAUGAGGGCGUGCAUGCUCUGGUAUCCGGCACAUCUUUCAGUGAAGUUUCCCCAGGUGGCCAAACCUUCCUGCAUUUCAAGUCGUGGCUCCUGUCGGCGGCCGUCAAUGGCGAGAGCUUGAACGUCUGCCUUCCUGCUUUCAACUUUGCAAACAUGACUUGGAGUUGCUCGACGCUGCGCAGACGCUUGAGAAUCAUCAGUGGAGCGUUCAAUUCGCCGUUACCUACUUCAACAGCUGCGAUGCGCGUGUCAGUUCCUCCUGCAGCCUCAUUGCCCAAUACGCUGGAGGACAAAACAUCUCCUGAACCCGCUGAUUACUUCGGCCAGAUUGAAGCUGCUAACAAGAUGGCUUCCGGUGGCUCGAAUGGCAGCAAUACUGAUGUCAUGUCUACAAUCGAGGAACACCAGCCCUCUGGUCACGUCGCCCAGGGCAAUGGAGUGGCGCGUAUAUUAGUACCCAACGGCCUCGAUCUCCAGUGUGUCACGGAUUUGCUGCCCUCGAGUACCGCCAUCAUCGACGUCGUGCCAGGCGAUUCUGCGAGCUUCGACUGGACGAGAUUGCCGAUUUCAGAUUCCAUGCCUCAACACAUCCAAUUCGCGCGCAGUAUAGACUGGGCGUCCACAAGCUUAGGGCCUAUCGAAUACUGGACUUCAGACCUCAGGCAGAUGUGCAACCUCAUCAUGGCAUCUCCUCAUCCGGCAGCGAUGUACUGGGGAGAUGAUCUGGUAGCCAUUUACAACGAGGCCUACAUAAUGCUAGCCGGCCAGAAGCAUCCGGAGCUCAUGGGGCAGAGUUAUCGCACUGCAUGGGCAGAAAUCUGGGACGACGUGAAGGACGUCUUCGCUUCCGCGCGCCUCACAGGUGAAGCCACUAUGAAGGACGAUGAUUGUCUCUUUAUCCGCCGCGAUGACUUUUUGGAAGAGACCUACUUCUCGUGGAGUAUCAUUCCCAUGGUGGGAAGAGAUGGAAGCGUCAUGGGCUUGUACAACCCCGCCUUUGAGAAGACUCGCAGGAAAAUUGCAGAACGACGCAUGCUAACGCUCCGAGAAGUCGGAGAAAGAACGGCUUCUGCUCGCGAUGUGAAAGGCUUCUUUUCCCAGGUACAGGGUUCUUUCGAGUUCAACGAGUACGACAGUCCAUUCCUACUUCUUUACUCUGUCUCGGAAGAGAACGACAGCGACAGCAGUAGCAUGCACUCUAACUCCAUUCUCGCCUCCCGGCAGUGCUAUUUAGAAGGCUCACUAGGCAUACCWGCUGGCCACCAUGCGAGCCCGGACCAAAUUGACCUCAAAAGUGGCAUGGAAGGCUUCGGGCCAGUAUUUCGGGAAGCCAUGAAGACUGAUAAACCCGUGCUUCUGGAAGUUGGUAGUCAUGAGCUACCCGAGAGCCUCAUGCAAGGCCUUGAGUGUCGUGGUUUCGGAGACCCGGUACGGUCUGUCGUCGUCUGUCCCAUCCAUCCGACGACAGGUGACACUGUCUUGGGUUUUCUGGUUCUAGGGGUCAACCCUCGCAGACCCUUCGACGACGAUUACUCUCUGUUCUUAACGCUAUUGAGCAGACAAUUAGGCACUUCUCUCGCAUCUGUGGUUCUUUUCGAAGAAGAGAUCCGGAGAGGGCAGCGAGCGGCAAAGCUCGCCGCGCUGGAUCGAAUUGAGCUUUCCGAGCAGCUCGCCGCUCGGACGCAGGAAGCCAUCGAAAGCGAAACCAAGUUUACCCGCAUGGCAGAGUUUGCACCAGUUGGAAUCUUUAUAGCAGGACGUGAAGGCCGAAUUACAUUUGCCAACGACACAUGGUACGAGAUCUCGCGGGUUCCCAGGGAUUCCGACCCGUCAGACACGUGGAUGGACGCUGUCCUUCCUGAAGACAUAUCCAUCGUCAAAGAACUGUGGACGGACCUCGUAGUGAAUGUCAAGUCAGUCUCGAGCGAGUUCAGGUUCAAGGCGCCGUGGCAAGACCGCAGCGGCAAGAACAACAGCGACUUCACAUGGGUGCUUUUCUCUGCUUUCCCGGAAAAGUACGACGACGGCAGACUGAAGAGCAUAUUCGGAAGCAUCACGGACAUCAGCCAGCAGAAAUGGGCUGAAGGGAUUCAAACACGUAAGAUGGAGGAGGCUGUGGAGUUAAAGAGACAGCAAGAGAACUUUAUCGACAUGACCUCGCACGAAAUGAGGAAUCCACUGUCAGCGAUCUUACAGUGCUCAGACGAAAUCACAUCUUCAUUGGCCAAGAUCCGCAGAGACGGGGAUAGCUCCGAAGCCAUUCUUUCCUGCUUGGAAGCAGCACAGACGAUCAGUUUGUGUAGCCAGCAUCAGAAGAGAAUCGUGGACGACAUUCUGCUGCUCUCGAAGAUUGACAGUCAACUCCUCCUGGUCACCCCGGUGGACGCUCAACCCCUCACGGUGGUACAAAGAGCUCUAAAGAUGCAUGAAGGCGAAUUGCAAGCCGCCGAUAUUCAGAUGCAAUUCAAAGUUGACCAGUCAUACCGCGAUCUGGCUCUGGAUUGGGUUCGCUUCGAUCCAAGUCGGGUGCUGCAAGUCUUGAUCAACUUGACUACCAACUCCAUAAAGUUCACCGGCACUGAGAGUAAAAGAACCAUCACUGUUACCGUCGCAGCGUCCAAGAGGCGCCCUAGCGAUGAUCCCAAUGCUCCUGUUCAGUACUUCGCUACUCGAAGGAAGAACAAAGAUCWAUUGUUGAGCGACAAGGAGUGGGGAGACGGUGAGAAGGUCUACAUUGUGUUCAGCGUGUGUGACACCGGCAGGGGUUUGACGGAUGAAGAGCGCAAACUACUCUUCAUUCGCUUUAGUCAAGCGUCUCCUAGGACCCAUGUACAGUAUGGUGGUAGCGGCCUAGGCCUCUUCAUUAGCCGGGAGUUGACAGAAUUGCAAGGCGGCGAGAUUGGGGUCGAGAGCGAAGCUGGAAAGGGGUCUACAUUCGCAUUCUACGUCGCUGCCCGAACGACCAAGGCGCCUAAAGUGCUUGAUGGUGCGUCGACAUCUGCGUUUGGCAUGGCUGCGAAGCCUGCGCAUCGAAGCAUCUCAUCAAGCGGUUCCGCGACUGCUAGCCAUUCGAUGAAAGCACCUGCGAGGAUCGCCAAAGAUUCCAAGCCUGUCAUCAAGAAGGUGUUGAUCGUGGAGGACAAUUUGGUAAACCAGCGCGUUUUAUCGAAACAACUAAAGAAUAUUGGAAUGGAGGUACACGUAGCUAACCACGGGGGCGAAGCCAUUGAGAAAUUAAUGCAAUCAACCUACUGGCGCGAUGGUCAAGACCAAGAGGACAGAAUCGAGCUCAAUGUUGUCCUGAUGGAUCAGGAGAUGCCAGUCAUGGACGGACUGACCUGCACGAAGAAGAUUCGCGAGCUAGAGGCRCAGGGCAAACUGACAGGACAUGUACCGAUCAUAGCUGUCACGGCCAACGCUCGCGCUGAACAGGUUCAGACCGCGUUAGAAGCAGGAAUGAACGACGUGGUCAGCAAGCCCUUCCGCAUCCCUGACCUAUUACCCAAAAUCGAGGAGCUGAUGGCUCGCUUCCCUAUGCCCAAGAAUACAUCUUGA